CACUAUACACUACACUGCUAUCUCACCUCUACAGAACGUCAACAUCGUCAAGCCAAUGAGCGUGUGCGAGUCCCACGAGUCGUCCCACGAGUCCCACGAGUCCCAGCUGCUGUGCCACUUCCUGCGGCUGCUGGGCGAGGCCAGCGCCGACCUCCACCACCGCGUGGCGCUGCAGAACGCCGAGGACAUCGCGCGCCACAGCGACGCCGCCCGGCAGCGGAGGCAGCAGAGGCAGCGGAGGCAGGAGGGGGGCCCUGGGGGCGGCCCGGGGCCACGCAGCGGUGCCUGGAGGGCCAUCCCUCGCCGGGACACUACGUUGUGCCCCGAGAAUCCUCUGCCCUGGCUCGAGGAUGCAGCAUCACUCCCUCGCAUCCUCACCAACCUGGCCCCAGGGCCACCCCCCACGCGUCCAACCCUGCUGCUGCGGCCCCCCAUCGCCCCCGCCGACGACAGCGAUGGGGGGCCGCCCUCCCCCGUGGGGUCGGACGAGUCGCCGCUGACCCCCGUGCUCCUCGACCCCAGCCCCCGCCCCUCGCUGGACCCCUGCGGAGAGGCGGCGGCGGCCCUCGGCGCAGGGGCCCGCGGCCGAAACGACGGACGCACCCCCGGGCUCGGAGCGUGGAGGGUUGAGGGCGGCGCCUUUCCCACAAUGCAUCGCUCCCGAAGCCAGGGGCGACCCCUGGCGAUGGGGUUCACAUGGGGAGACGUGGGGACGCGUCGAGGAUUUGGGAAAUCGACGUCACUGCCGGCCAUCGACCCGCCACGUCAAUCAUCGGGCCCCGCCCCGCCCGCCCGCCAAUCAGCGUCCUCCCUGCAAGGUCGCUUCGUUCCCCUCGUGGAGGAGACACCACGAGGGGACAACCUCAAGACCCACCCAGCAUGAGUCGCCAUCACAACAACAUCAACAACAUCAACAACAACAUCAACAACAACAUCACCAUCAACAACAACAUCAACAACAACAUCAACAACAACAUCACCAUCACCCAGCAUGAGUCGCCAUCACAACAACAACAUCAACAACACCAUCAACAACAUCAACAACCUCAAGACCCACCCAGCAUGAGUCGCCAUCACAACAACAUCAACAACAUCAACAACAACAUCAACA